AUGAGGGAUGUAAAAGGAUAUUUGAGUAGAAAACAGAGCGAAGGGGGACCUUUAGCAUCGGAUUGGGUUUCUCUAGGAGAGUUAUACGAAAAAAGGUGAGGAUUGUUCGAUUUUCUGACAGUUUGAUGAACUCAGCUGAUACACUGGGAUUGCUUAGUCAUAUCUGCUUGUUAAGGUCUGUGUCUAGUAAUCGAGUCACAGAACACGUUUUUGGGUUUGAAAAAAACGUAACUACACAGAUCUAAAUUAUUUUUGUAAGUUGUGUUAAUAGCCUGUUUGGUAGGAGUUAUCGAGUAGGCCGCUUGCAAUGUACAUUUGCCACACUCUGACUCGUUGAGCUUUUGAUAAUAAUAGUAAGCUUACUCUGAACUAGACGCAGGUAAACUGGCCUCGGGCCUCCUUAUGAAAAAAAUUUCAAAUGAGAAAACUUCACGUAAAAAAUCUUGGGCUUCAAAGGCCACGUAUAUCGAAAUAAUAACAGUCUAUAUGUAUAAACAUAAAGGUCGGUACACACUAGGCGACAAGUUGCAGCAACAAGCUGCAGCGACAGAUCACUCCGUGUGUACAGGUCGCCUAAGCAAAAAGCUUAUAUGUAUGUUUAUAACUCUUUGUACAUGGAAAAGGUGUCUUUAAUAGCAUUUAGUUGAGCCUAUACUUGCAGGUUGUGUUAAUUAAUUGAAUUGAAUUGUGUACCUUUUUUCUUAGUAUUAUAUACAAGUCAUAUUUGGGGAUUUUUCUCUUUAUAUUUUCAAUUAGCUUUGUAUUUUUAUCAAUUUUUUUAAAUAUCAAUAUGCAGCAUUGAGCCUAGUUAACUUGUUUUAGAUUUUUAGCCUUCUUAAUACUUAGUCUCGGGCUUGGUAGACUUUGUAACCACACCCUGUGUAUUUGACGAUGAAUAAAUAAUCUUAUAUUAUCUUAUCUUUACUGAAAGGUCCUACAAUUUUCAGCUGUAGCAGAGGCUCAUGACCAAUUAUAGGAAAAAUAAGUUUAAAAACAUGCAGUCAAAUUAUUCUCAAAGUGGACCAGGAUGGCCCAGUGUUUUCUGUAGGUGCUCUCCCCAGGGGGGCAGACCUUAGUGUCCACAUUAUAGAGAUGUCCCUAUAGUAGUGGUACAGUUGAAGGAAUUGUAGAAAUUAAUUGGUGUCUUUGAGACAAGAUGCACUGUACAAUAUAGAGAAGUGCCUGUAUUACUAUUGAUAUAAAUUUCUGUCUGUAAAGAUGUCUGUAGAUUUGAUCUCUUUACAGAUAUGCCAAAGUGCACUUACAUACAUGGAAUACCGUGAAAUUCUGAAAAUAAGCCACUCCAUGUAUGAAUCGCUCUAAAUAUAGGCCCCCCAAACUCAUAACACAAAAAAACGUCCGAUAAAUUGCCCCUCCAAAUACAAGCCCCCCCCAGGGCUUGUACUUGGAAAUUGUCCUCAAAUUCAAAAUAAAACAAAGCAAAAACUGUACAGUAACACAUAAAUUUUUGCAUUUGCCAUAGUCUUGGUCCAUAUAGACAAAGUACUUGCAUGGCUGAGUUUUAGAAAGAUCUAUGUCCUCAAGGCGAGUUUCAGUAAAAACUUGCUGCAAAUUACUGACAUAAAUUUCCUUCCAACUAUAAGCUUUGAGGCAUAUUUCGCUCCCAAUACAGUUGUAUAAACCUGGCUGAUUUUGAAGUGCAAAUUUUCCUCUGUAUAUGAGCCUCUCUGAAUAUAAGCCCCUCAAAAAGGGCCUUUGAAAAAUAUAAGCCCCAGGGUUUAUUUUGGGAGUUUUACGGUUUGAAUUCACACUUCCUUUAAACAUAGAACUCUGUACCUGUUUUUUUUUUAAUCCUAUUGUAUGAAAAUCUGUAAAAUAAUAUCUUUCAGGUUGUGGCAUCAGCUAACUCUCAAACUUACUGAGUUUGUUAAGAAUGACUACUUUGCUCAAAAUGGAGGGCUUGUUGAGGUAACUGUCAAGAGAACAUACAGCUGUGAAAAAUGUUGUCAACAAAUGUGGCUGUUUCAGUGGGAAAUUAAGGGAAUUGUUUUACACUUGUAUUAAGCAAUUGUGCGAUCCAUUGACUUGUACACUUUUUGCCAUAAAAUGACAUGUACAUGUACAUAUCUGAUAUCAGGCUACUUCAUAAUUAAAAAAAAAAACAGAAAAAUGUCCUAAUUUGAGCACAUCACUAAGCUAAGUUUUAACUUAAAAGUGUAAUUUCUUUUCUUCCCAAAUGUUUUUCACUGCAAUGUGCCUAGAAGAUAAAUACAAUUUAAAGGGUUUCCUUGAAAUUAACGUACAGUGUAUAUGUUGUAGUUAAUUCUUUAUCUCACAUAGUUGUUCUUUUUUCUUUUUUUUAAACUUCAUUAGCAUCCAUUACCACACUCAAAAACAAAAAACAAAAACAAAAAAAAUUACCUGAGAUAAAAUUUAACUACAUAUACAUGAUUGUUUUUUAAGAGUUCUUCACUUACAUAUAAGUUCUAGUAUGCAAAGAAAGUACAUGAAGUGUCAGAUACAAGUAACCUGGGGUUAGUGGAUUUUGUUGUCGGGCUGGUGAAUGCUGUUGUUACAUGUAACUCCCCCAAUGGACAAGGGCUUGUUUUAGGCUAGUCGGAAUGACUUUUGGGAGCAACAGCUUGCCUGAAUGACAAGCUGUAGAUGUACAGGUACUCCACCCUGAGUUCAAAAUACUUUGUCCUCUUUAUUCACCUGAGUAACAAGUGAAUUAAAAGUUAUGUGGACUUGUUGUAGAUUUUGUGAAAUUGUAUUAAAUGAUUUAGAUUACAGUGCACUACAUCACCUAUCUUUACUUGGGUGUAAAAGUACAUUAUCCCUCUUUUUUGUAGAUGUUUGAAAAUUUCAUCGCAGACUUUGAACACAGGUAACUUCAACUAAAUUUACUGUACAUGUAUAUGGAAGUACAUGAAGGUCUUUUUUUUAGCUCAUACAUGUAUGUACAAAUGAUUGUAUAGAAGAAAGGUCUUUGUUCGGUUUCAUGCUUACAAUACUACAGCUUAGAUUUUCCCUGUGGUUAAUCUAAACACUUUCUUUUUGUAAUAUUUUUUUUAAUUGUAGAAUAAACAUGCUCUCCCUCAUGGAAAUUGUGUUGUACGUCAUAAAGGAAAUCAAAGGUAGUUAACAAAAUUAUCAGACAAAUUUGUAUAAAAUAAUGUUACAGGUCAAAUUUGAUUUCAAGUUAAAUCUUUUUAACGUAGGUUGACUCUCAAUUUCCAUUGUCUCUUUGAGCUAGAAGACAAAGUAAACUGAGAGUCAACCUAGGUUAAAUCAAAAUUAACCUGAAGUCAAAUUUGAACUGUAACAUACACACUAUAUCACCAUUUGCUAACUGCAUAAACAGAGUUGAUAGAAAUACAUGUAGUAUUUGGAAUGAAACUUCAGUUGCAAUUUUAAUUAAAUUUUACAAUGCAAACAAAUGUAUGUUUAUUUCUAGAACCAGAAACUGCUCUUGAGUUCCUGGAGAGAGAAAAAGAGAAGGUUUGCACUUGUAUUGUCUAUUUUUUAAGCAUAAGUUAAAGUUAAUGUAACUGCCCUUGACUACAAGCCUGAGAUUUACAUUGUAAAGUGUAUUUAUGUCGUGGUUCAAUUUUAUCCUUCGUUUAAAAUUUUAAAGUUUUCUUUUGUUUUAAACUCAUUACCCUACAUUUGGACAUUACCAUACUCAAAAAAAAGAAGAGAAAAUUUAAAUUUCAGGUAAAAUUGAAACACAACAUAUACAGUUGUGGCAGGCUGGUGAAAAUUGCACUUAAAAUUCAGGAAAAAGUUUUUUAACCUACAUGUAGAUUGAUUCUCAAUUUCCUUUGUCUCCUUGAGGUUGGGCACACUCCCUCAAAGUAUCGCAUUUUGACUCACUAUAAUAUAGCAGCCAUCCAUCCAAUUAUGCACAUCUGUGUUCAGUGUAAACUUUACUUAAAUCACUAAAACAAUUUUUCUUAAAUUGUGCUUUUCCUACAGAUAAAAAAUGAUGUAGAGGCUGAAGUGCUCUGCAUGACAGCCAUUGGUAAUAUUAAACUCCAACAAGGGAACAUGGAAGAAACAAAGGUACAUGUACAUACGGUACAAAUUUAUACUUUAUACAUUUAAUUUUUGGUUUUGAUUCUUGUGAAUAAAGAAACAGUCUACAUGUAAGUCAUAAUAAAAUGAUAUUACAUGUUUGCAUAGUAACUUUUUGUUAAGUUUUCUCAAAGCAUAUUGUUAUUUUGUACAGCUUUCUUCAUGUACUUCAUAUUAACUUUAUAGCAGUUUUAUUGCUGCAUACAGCCAUUGUUUGUGGUUAUUCCUGUUUUAUUUUUUUUUUGGCAAGUGAAGUUAAUGAAACUCAGAAAACUCUGUUACCGGUAGUUCAUCUAAGGUUAUCACCAAAAGAAAUAAUAUUUUGUUGUACUGGUACAAUGUAGCUCAUACACUGUAAAUGUUUUGUGAGUGUGUGUAGUCCUGUUCAUAACCACAUUCUUAACAAAAAAGAUGACUUGGAUCGAAUCAGUCUACUUCAUCUCUUAUUUAAACUUAACACAACUUUGUGUCUCUCACUUUUGUGUAGUCACACAGGGCUAAUCUUAAUUACACAUUGCAGACAUGAGCAUACAUGUACAUGUACACUGUACGAUUAAAAGUAUCUGUACAAAUCCUGAAUCCAUCCUCUUUUGUUACAUGUACAACCUAACACUCUUUUGUUUGUAGACGAUAGUGGAGCAAGCCAGAGCUGUACUAGAAACCAUUGAUGGAGUAACCACAGUCCAUGGCAGAUUUUAUGAACUGUGCAGUAACUAUCACAAAGUAAGUACAUUCGUAGGUUAAUAAUAAUAAUAAUAAUAAUAAUAAUAAUAAUAAUAAUAAUAGUAGCAUUUAUAUAGCACCUAUCCAGUAGUACAUCUAUUGUAGGCGCUUAACAGCUUAUGUGGGUUGGUGCUUAUUGUUUAUACAGAGUAGUUAUUUGGUCUUGUUUACUGUCAGUACUUCAACUGUCAUAUGUUUUGGGGUUCAUUUUUUGUUGUUGUUUUAAAUUUUUCAAAGAGGUUUAAUUUUAUUUCUUAUUCUUCGAUUUUGGCAAUAAUCCAGUGGACACCAGCUUAAAUGAGUUCAGUUUGUGGCUCACAUUGUGUAGAAUACAUGUUCUAAAACAUGAUACCAGGACUUGCUCUCAAUAAAGUGUGAAAUGUCAGAUUACAAAUCCUUGUACCAUGACCAAUUCUUGUUAUUAAUGCAGUUUUAAAAUCCAUACUGCUCCAUAAUUUCAUAAAAAAACUGACCAUGUACAUUGUGCCCUUUAUCUUUUGUUAGAUUACUGGCUCAUACAAUGACUACUACAGAGAUGCUCUGAGGUUCCUGGGCUGUGUAGAUAUUAAAACCAUGCCAGGUUUGUUGUACGCGACUUGUUAGUUUACUUUAGUGCGAACAGUCAUUAAGUGGUAGGUGUAUUUUGCAGUUAAGUUUAGGAAACUGAGUCAGUCUACAUGUAGUUCCAGGAAGGGUCAUUAAUAUACAGGGCAAACAGAAAUGGAAUUUGAUUUACUCAGAUCUCUAACCCUUAUCAAUAAACUUCAGGGUCAUUCGAUGUUUGGCAGCCAUUCUGCAUUCUGCAAAGAACUCCUUCCAGGGGCAGAGGGGGGGGAGGUGUACUUGUCUAGUUGAAAAAUGUGACAGAUUAAAAGGGGUAUACAUUUAGCUGAGUGUUCAUGUGGAAAUGUAUCUUGAUAAGCAACAAAUUAAAUGAAAAGCUUAGGGAACUGUGUGGUGUCAAUCUUAACCAGUUGUGUCUGGUUAAAUGUGCGGACAUAAAAAAUUAAUAGACUGCACAACACAGUGUGGGAGUGAACUUGUUACAUGUGUGAUGUUAAGACCCACAAGUUUCAAAACCAUUUUUUGUAGUUGGAUUUGUUAAAUAAAAUUCAUUGUGGAGAGGCAUGAUUAUGUCUAUCAUUGGCAUUUUGUCCUAUUAAUACAUGCACCUGUAAUACUAUAUGAAAAAUCUAAACAUUCAAAUGAUAUUUUUUUAUGAUUAUUGACCUACACUGUAAGGUCACUAGAAGGUUACUGAUAAGGUUACUCACUAGGAGCAGUAGCACAGGCCUACCAACACCCUUUUUUGUUACCAUUUACAUUGCUCAGCAAAAUGCUGCUUGCCUGUCUGACAAAGUAUGCUGGCCUGACAGGUUGUUUCACUAACCCCAGGCUAUCAAACAAUGCGUUAAUAAUUAACGACAAAUUAUUUGUCUCCCCCUUUACAUUGCCUUACAGUACAAUGUUUGUACAGGAGUUGGUUAUGCCUGAAUAAGAAACUUGUAACACAUGAUUGUUUUGUUUUGUACAUGAAAUUACUUGACAUGGCGAGUUGUUGUGGUUUUCAUUGUAAAGAUGUAAUGAAAAAUGACUGUUUAUUGUAGCUUUUCUGGUUUAUUUAUCAGUUGCUGAACAAGUUGAUAAAGCCCUUCACCUAUCACUGGCAGCUUUACUAGGGAAUGAUAUUUAUAACUUUGGAGAGCUGGUAGGUUGCACAAUGAACAUGCAUUCGCUGACGCCAUUGUGAUAAGAGCUUUUACAACUCUACAUGUAGUGUCUUGUACAUUUAUAAUGGUUAGAAAACUAUUAUUCAAGUAAAGACAUUUAAAAAAGGUUUGUGUUCAAUAAGUAUCAUUUGUUUGUUUUCUCAGUUAGCACAUCCUGUUCUGGAGUCCCUCAAAGGAACACCACAUGGAUGGCUAAUUGAAUUACUUUAUGCUUUCAAUAGUGGUAUGUUUUCCCCAUUAAGUACAAUGUAUAGCAGUAGCUGGAAUAUGUACACUGUAUUUCAUAUAGUUUACACAAUGCAAAUCUUCAGCUGUCCUCGCAACAGCUUGGCAAUAACAAAAUUGAAAACAUUUCAGCUUAAUAAAUGUACAUACCUACUAAACUGCACUAAUAUAGUCAUGAAUCACUGCCAGGUCUUGUAUAUUUUGUACCUGUACCUAUUUGGGUUCAUUUUUUCUUUGGUUUAAAUUUUAUUUCACUUUGUUUUUUGUUAUAGUAGUGUUCAUUGUAUGAUAGUACAUAGAAAAACAGAAGAUGAAAUUUAAAGCAGAAAUUAAGUUGAACCACAACGUACUGUACGUGUAAUAUACAUUGAAAGUGAAAAGUAAAAUUAUUGCUGGGUCAGGGAUUGAAAAGUUAGGGAUAUACUUUCCAUUGCAGUCUGUGCCAUCACUUUAUACAUGAUACUAAGCUUACUGCUUGUUCCCAGAUUAAACAUCGUAUUGAAAUUUUUGUCAGAAGGGAGAGCGAACAGAAGGAAAAUGUUAAAUAUUUUUUAAAAUUUUAUUUUGUUAAGGUCAGGGAAAUGUUUAAGAAUAAUCAGGGAUUUUUUUAUUCUGGUGUUUCUUGUUGCUAGUUGCAUGUACAUGCACUCAUCUUAACCAUUCUUCCACAGGUGACUUAAGUAAAUUUGAACAGCUCAAACGUCAUUGGCAGAAACAGGUAAUUUAGACCUCAAAUACUAUUACAAUUUCCAGAUAAAUGCUUUUUUUGUUUGCUGUACAGUGUGUAGCUGUACACAGACUAUGUACCAGAAUCAUUUUCAAGUGGAUUAAACAAUUAUUAUUUUGUCAACCUAAAAUCUACCUGCUCCACUUGGCAUUAAAAUUUUUCAGCUUUCCCAGUCUGUCCACUUGGACAAGCAUCAAUUUAUUUUAAAUCCCCAUCAGCUUAAACCUCACCUCAGCUACAAUGUAUCAUUACAAACCUUGAAAGAAUUACACUGAACACUGAACAUUCUUAUUUUAACUUCUUAGUAUAUUUACAGCGAAAAUAAGGUAAUUAAGAAAAGGAGCUCAAAUAAUAAGUUAGGUAAGAAGUUAGAACUAUCCAAAAUGCUGUGAGGCUCAUGAAGUGGAUAGGCCAGACUAUUUACAAAUUUCAAAAAAUUCAAAGAAAUAAUUCUUUUCAUUAUGAUGCAAGAGAUGGCUUCCUACAGUUUGAAGUUAUAUUAUUGCAUAUUAUUGUGCAGACUGGCACUGUUGUAGUACUGAAAAUUACCAUUUUCUCUUCUACAGGCUGACUUAAACCGCAACUACAAGAGCCUGAGACAGAAGAUCAGUCUACUCUGUUUGAUGGAGGUCUGUUAAUUUUUAUUCCGUUCCUUUUGCAUUGAUACACGUACAUUGUACCUUUAAUAUUUUAACAUUGAUGAAGUAGAAGAGAGGUGUCUGUUCAGAAAAGAUGUUUUGCUGGUUGCAAAGAGAAGCAAGAGCAUCUUCAAAGACUUUUGAAAUGACACAUAUAUUAUCAAUUUUACUCUGUUUUCUACCUGAUCACUGUAUCAAAUCAAUGUUAUACAUCCUGGUUUUGUUGUUUCCCUUACAAAUGUCGAGCUAAAGUUGUUUUGUCUCUCUUACAGCUUAACUUAUCAUUGUUUGUCUUUUUGCUUGCUUAUUUAUUUGUUUGUUUGUUUUUUUUGUAUUGUUUUUCACAGUUGACAUUUAAAAGGCCAUCCAAUGACAGAAACCUGACAUUUGAAAUGAUAGCAAAAGAAGCACAGCUGCCCCUUGAAGAGGUUAAUUAACAGUCAAUUUUUUACAGGGUUGUCACAAAGGUUUCAGGUUUCUUCAGUCAGGGACAAAAGUAGAUGACACAUUUGUCUUAAACGUGCGCUUUUGUCAACGAUUUCAUUCAUUUAUCAUUUAAGUCAUUUUAAACGCUUAAUUCCUUAUUGCUCGCGUAGACUGCAGUCACCAAGCUUCACAGACUCAGUCAAGAGUUCUUCCAGUUUAAUAUUAGUUGUCUACUUCACUUACAAAUUAUAAAUACAUUGUGCAGAUAAAUGUACAUAUACAUGUCAAUCAAUUCGUCAUAUUUUUUAUAUCUACAUUGGCGUAAAACUUUCUACCAUUUAUAGGAACGUAUUAUUUGUACAGUAUUGUGUAUGUUUGUUUGGCCUCUUUUAGCCACGAUUUUAUUGUAACUUUCUUUUUUCCAACCCCAGGUUGAACUUCUUGUGAUGAAAGCUUUAUCACUUGGUUUAGUAAAAGGUAAAAAGUUGUGAUAAACAUACUAUGUACCUACAUAGAAUGUACUCAAGGAAUACCAGUAUAAAAAUAUAGCUUCGUUUUUUUCACUUCUUAGAAAAGGUUUGAUCACGAUAUCACUGUUUGAAUUCUGAAAUAAGAUUAUAAGUGUGUACGUUUUCCACAGUGAUAUAAUUAUUUUGCAAUUUGUUAUACCCAACAAUUUACCUUCUCUUUUCUGAGGCCCGUUCACUUUACCUAAGAAAUCAAAACAGCCUUAAAAGUCAAGGGACAUUAAUUUUUAAAACUUAAAACUUUAUUUGAAAUAUUACAGAGAAACAAUUUGCCAAACAAAACGUGCGAUUUUUGAAAGCUAAAUUUCGGUUGAGAAUCAAAAUCUCUUUUGGAAAUAAAAAUUUUACCUAAGAUAUCCAUAGCAAAAACAAAACUUUAUUUAAAAAAUCGAAAAUGUCUGUCCAAAACCAAAAUACAAUUUUUUAAAUCAGUAUUGUAUUUAUGAAAUCAAUAGGAAAACUUUUUUUGAGAGACUGGAAAUCUCAGUUGAGAAGCCAAAUCCCAUUUAGGAUAUAAAACACCAUAUACAGUUACGAAAUCAAAAUCAGAAUUUUUGUGCGAAGUCCAACUCCAGUUUUGAAAAAUGAAAGCCUCCUUUAUGAAAUCAAGAGAUAUAUUUUAAAAAUGAAAACUUUGUUAGAGAAAUCAAAAGUUUUAGUAUUCACCAAAUCAGUGAAUAGCAAUUUUCGUGCGUUUUGAUUGGCUCACGUAACUCGGAAUAUCCUUGGAUAAUAGGCUGAUUUAGCAACAGAACGGGAACGUCAGUUGACGACGGCGCGCGCAGAUCAAACAACUGGCUUGACCAAUGGAAGAGCGGCAAAUUGGGCACCGGAAGUUGUGUUUAGUCCUUUCCGCGCGCUUUCCCGUCGUCAACUGACGUUCCCGUCCUGUUGCUAAAUCAGCCUAUUCACUGUUUUGGGACGGGAUUCAAAAUGGCUUCUCGUUUCGCGACAGUUCCGAAAGAUGAAAUUUUAGCAGUAAAUGAAGCAGCUGCGCCAACAAAUACCAAGAAAGAGACAAAAUUUGGCUUCUUACUGGUCGGUAGAAGAAACAAAGUCAUAAAAAAAUGAUCCCCGAAACCUUGUCAAUUGAAACGUAAACAAACUGUAACUAAGUGACCUCUUUUAUUAAAAAAAAGUUCCUUUUUGAUUUUUAUCCAACUGAUUUUGAAAAUACUAAAACCUCUAUCUCCCUCAGGGUCGGUUCAUAGCGCUAAUAUAUCCACCACUAUUCACCUUCCCUUCGGGGAAUAGUUGUAUACUCUUCACCUCCCCUUCAGGGGAUAGUUGUAUAGUAUUCACCUCCCCUUCGGGGGAUAGUUGUAUACUAUUCACCGUCCCUUCGGGGAAUAGUUGUAUAUUAUUCGUCUCCCCUUCAGGGGAUAGUUGUAUACUAUUCACCUCCCCUUCGGGGGAUAGUUGUAUACUCUUCACCUCCCCUUCCGGGGAUAGUUGAAUAGUAUUCACCUCCUUUUCGGAGGAUAGUUGUAUACUAUUCAUCUCCCCUUCGAAGGAUAGUUGUAUAUUAUUCACCUCCCAUUUGGGGGAUAGUUGUGUAGUAUUCACCUCCCCUUCGGGGGAUAGUUGUAUACUAUUCACCGUCCCUUCGGGGAAUAGUUGCAUAUUAUUCGUCUCCCCUUCAGGGGAUAGUUGUAUACUCUUCACCUUCCCUUCCGGGGGAUAGUUGUAUACUCUUCACCUCCCCUUCCGGGAAUAGUUGUAUAGUAUUCACCUCCCCUUCGGGGGAUAGUUGUAUACUAUUCAUCUCCCCUUCGAAGGAUAGUUGUAUAUUAUUCACCUCCCAUUUGGGGAAUAGUUGAAUGCUAUUCACACUUACAGAUGUGUAAUUUGCCCUCAGGCUCCAUUGAUGAAGUUGAGCAGAUGGUUCACAUGACUUGGGUUCAACCAAGAGUAUUGGACUUGACCCAGGUAAAUAUUCUAACAUUACACUUUAAUCACACUCACGGCUGCAUUUAUGAAAAAUAACUGGACUUCUUUAUUUUCAGUGAUCUCUAUUGCUAUAGCUGACCUUCCUCAGUUCUGCAAAGAAGUUGUUGUGGCUUUGGUGGGGGAAAUAUUGUCUAACUGGCUCGCCUCUUAUCUACGAGGAAUUUCUCAAAUACAAUGUAUAUCCCUGGGGGAAGGGGUGUGGCAAGAUUAUAAUGCACUCGUCUCAAGAGAGGGGAAUUAAAAAUCGCGGCUUUUAGCUUAAAAGUAUGCGUAUCCAUUGAAGUGGGUAGCCCAUUUCUUAUGUCUUUCAUAUGCGAUUAAAAGGAAACUUAAAUUCAUGUGGAAGAAUGAGCGUUAAGAGUGGAUUUCAAAAAGAGAGGCGCUGUUCGAGAAAUGAGCCCGCGCCGUUGCGGCGGAAAUCAAGCGCACUUUGAAAAAGAGGAUAAGCCACAGCCGCAGCAGCAGAUUGGUGCGCUUUAGAGUGUUCUGGUAACCAAAUGCGUCAUUAUUCAAAGGAAGGUGACAACGGGUUAUGGAUUGAAUAGGUGUUCAUACUGUCCUUGUUCUGUUUGUUAUCUGUAGAUUGGCCAUAUGAGGGAUCGUUUAUCAGAGUGGUGUGAGAAAGUCAAGACUCAAGUCUAUUCUGUUGAAGACCAAGGUCCUGAGCUGCUCGUGUAA